AAAUGAUAGUCACUUUAUGAAAUACGAAAUGCCAAUAAGUAUUAAUGAAUUUGUCAAAUCUUUUAAUUAAAGAAAAUUAGAUAAAGAAUUCAACUAUUUAUGUUAAAUAACAGAGACAUAAGAGCAUGAAAAAUAAUUUUAUUGGAAUGAAAAGAUUCAUCAUUUGAAUAGAUAUAUAGAUAUUUUACCAUGUAAAUGAUUAAUGAAAUAAUGAAGAUAUACACACAAUUGUAAAAUCAAAUAUAGAUGAAGAAUUUUACAUUAAUGGGAAUUAUAUUAGAGGAAUAGAAAAUGAUGAAAAGAAAUAUAUUGCAACUUAGGGUCCAAUACAAUCAAGUGUUAAUGAUUUUUGGCAUAUGAUUUGGACAAAUGAAGUUGGAGUGAUAAUUAUGCUUUGUAAAUUAUAUGAUCAUAAUUAUGUAAAAUAUUAUUGAUAAAUAGAAAUAAUGUGAAAAAUAUUGGCCAGAAUUAUCAAAUAAUUAUGGACCUUAUCAAGUAAAGCUAUAAAAAACAGAAGAGUUAAAUGGAGGUUUAAUAUUAAAUUAAUUUAUAAUUAAAUAUCAAUAAUAAGAAAAAUUAAUAAACCAUUAUUAAUGGAAUGGAUGGCCUGAUCUUGGAAUUGUUAAUGAAGAUUACUUUAAACUUAUUGAUUCUUUGGCAAAUAUAUCUAAUAGUUCCUAUUUGAAAAAUAAAAGAACUGUGGUACAUUGUAGUGCUGGAAUAGGUAGGACUGGAACUUUUUUGUCUAUUUGUUAGAUUAAAUAAUUAUUAAAUUAGAAAACAGCUUAGAUAUCCAUUUUUAGCAUUGUUAGAAAAUUAAGAGAAUAAAGAGCUUUUAUGAUUUAGACUCCAGAACAAUACUAAAUGGUUUAUCGUUAUUCAUUCUGGUUAAUAUAGAAUUUGAAAUAUAUUUGA